GUUUAUAUCACUGUUUGCGUCGUGUAAGUUACACAAGUAUUUACAAUCCUAAAUAUUUUUUCUUACUUAGUGCAAGUUCCCAAUGUGAACAAAUAAAAGUUAUCUGAAUAAAUGUCUGUUUAUUAAAAAUUUAUUAAAUAACGGAUAUUAUUAAUCGCAGCAGUGAUGUGAUUGUCUAAACCAGGAUUGGAAAGGCAAGAUAGACCUUCAUCACUCUGAAAUCAAUUUGGAAAUCUGCUGCACUCAGCAUCGAAACCAACAUUCGGAUAUUCAACACCAAUGUUAAGGCAGUUCUUCUCUAAGAGUCAGAAACCUGCCGUGUUCACGAAAAGAAUUCCGAAAAGGUCAUUGCAGACUUUUGUCAACAGCUGCCUUCACCGGUUCCGUAUUGAAGAUCAAAUAGGCAGGAAGAAUUAGCUAAAGGGAACUUUGGGAACAAGCCGAUCAAAAACCCAUCGCUCAACAAACAUGGAGGAGAAAAUGGAGAUGGACUUGACGCACAUUGAGGAGACUGUUGAUUGGAAUCGUGCCUCAGGCCAUCGCUCAAGUGGAAUCCAAGUGGGAAACGACGAGUUGGGCGUGGAUCUGAGGGUGACAUGGAGAAGACGGUGUGAAGAGGAGAUGAAAGCUUAUGGUCAAUCUUGGGGCCAGUUAAGGAAAACUUCAGAGAAUGGGUCAAAAUGCAAAUAUUCUAUUAAAGUCUCAUGUUCCACUCAGAAUGCAAGAUUCUAGUGAACGACCAGAGUUGCGUACAGGUGCUCGAAUGUGGAGAGUUCCCAGUUCCAAUGAAAGUUUAUUAGAUGAUGAAGAAAAUGAGUUAAAUUCACCUAAAUCACUAUUAGAUCAUAAUUCAUCAACACUCAACAGUUGUACAUUGGAGUAUGUGACUACAUUACCAUUAGAUAAAUUUUGUGGUAUUAAAAGGAUUACUUCUCAUCCAUCUACGACAUGUUCAGAUUUGGCGUGUAUUGUUGGACCACCUACAGAAUUACCUGGUUCAAAUGCCUAUCCAUCUCUAAUAACAACAUCAACAACUAGCUAUUUAGUUAUCCUUCAAGCACCGUCAGAUUCAAAUUCUGGUGAUUAUGCGAUUAGUACAAGUGGUCAGUUGUAUUUACCGCCUUCAUCUACAACUGAUGGAUUACGUUCAAAUAUGAAAUUAUCGUCUAGUUGUUUAUCGGCUACUGUAUCACCUAAUGCUAUACGAUGGUCUCCACAUGAACAGUUGAAUCAAAUUGCAAUGGCCUUUGAUAAUGGUAUACUUGGUUGGGAUGUAAGAUGUAUGAAACCUUGUUUUUGGAUGGAAAACGCCCAUUGGCCAUGUGUUCGUGAUUUGGACUACAAUCCACAUCGUCCAAAUCUCUUACUAUCUGGUGGAGAUGAUGGAAUUCUACGAAUUUGGGAUCUACGUUAUCUACGCACGAGGUAUAGAUGUUUAUCUACUCCUGCUAAUACUGGUAAUAUGAUAAAUCCAACUAUCCCGAAUGCAUCGGAACGAAUUAUGCAAUUCGGUACAGAACCAACUGUUCAACCGUUGUAUGCACUUUCAUCUCAUUCUCAUUGGAUUUGGUCAGUACGUUAUCAUCCAACACGAGAUCAACUUGUUCUAUCGUCAGGAAGUGAUGGUCGUGUUUGCCUAUACAAUUUACCAAGUUAUUCCUCUGAUGCUAUGAAUGAAGAUAUCAUCAAUGAAGUAAAUUCACAGUCAAUUGUUGGUCAUUGUGAAACAACAACAACAACAGAUGUUCAAAGUGAAGUUGAUAAUCAUUCAAUUGAUUCUAAUGAAGAGGAGAAUGAUGUAAAUAAAGAUGGCUUAAUCGCUCGACUAGAACAACAUGAAGAAAGUGUCUACGCAGCUGAAUGGAGUCCUGUAGAUGCCUGGUAUUUCGCAUCGAUUAGUUAUGAUGGCAAUUUCUUAUUAAAUCGUGUACCAGAAACAAUUAAAUUAAAUAUUUUACUACAAUCAAAAGAUUAUUAGACACACAGGGAUUACACUACUCAUUUUCUCCUUGUCUAUAUUAGUUAAUCAUUUUUUAUAUCUCACACAUUUGUGUGUGUGUGUGUGGGGGGGUUAUUUUUUCUCUUCAAAAAUAUUUGCAUUUUUAUGCUUCUUCUUCUUCGACUUCUUCACGGUUUAUUUAUUUAUUCAUUUAGUUUUCCUGUGAUAAAUAUAUUUUUUCCCUUUUGGUUAUACUCUGUAUAGGAUAAUUUCAAUGAUGAAUAUGUAUAAAUUGUGAUCUUACGGUUUCUUCAAAUGUGUUGAAUGUACACAUUCCAAGGAAUUCUUUUUUAUCAGUCGGCCUUUUUUGUCUUUCACUAAAUCUCAUUCCUUCAUGGUUGUUUUAUAUUUCUUUUUUUUUUGAAUUCUAUUUCUUAGUAAUAUUUUCUGUCCUGGAGGUGAUGGUGUGUAAUUGAUAAUUGAAUACUCUUACUCACUUGACGCUGAUGAAAUAUGCAACUUUUGUUUGUUCAUUUUAUUGUUGU